AAAAAACCUGUAUCACCGCAAUAGUUCUUGUCUUCAUCUAAGAAGCUGACGACCGUCGGAAACCACCGCAAUUAUCAAACGUUGAUGGACGACAAGCAAGAAACGCGAACGGGGGAGCAGGAACGCGAAGAGAUGCAGGCCGAACGAGUCUCGCCCGUUCACGUAGGAGAGGUCGGACAGAUCUCGACACUAGCCGAGAUGGACAUCGUGGGAGAACCUUUGGAGUCGAAUAAUCCGAAAUCCGUGAUAGAACCUGAAGCCGCCGUACCAGCAUCGUCCGUGGUACCCAUCUCGAACGCGACGGCAGGCCCGAGUUCGAGCUCGACGACCACCGCGCAACCUAUCCCGCAAGACCUAGAGUUGAUCAUGAACAUGGUCACGAAUGGCAACGACUUGGCAGCUUUGUCAGUGGCCGACCGUAGUACACAGGGUCAACCGGGGGUUGAGGUGGAAGUGGAAGUAGAAGCGGGGAGCGGAAGUGAAGACGGAGCCGAGGAAGACUCUGACCCCGACUCCGAUUCCGACUCAUCCUCCAUCCAAAUUCCACCCUCAGGACCGACCACCAACACCCCAAUGUCACAAGCUACGCGGGACAGGCUCAUGGCCCAGCUUACCACCUUCUACACCUCUACCUCGAAUGACGAUGAAGGACUAAACGAGGAUGGUGAGGGGUACAUCACCGCGGAUUCGGACGAACUGGAGGAAGAAGGUGCGGUGGAUGUGGGGCUGGGUUAUGGUGGCGAUAGCGACGGGGACGAGGAAGCUCUAGCUCCGACUCGUCUUGCCGUGCCACAGGGAGCUACGAUUGAGCUCAUGAGCGAGGACGAAGACGACGAAGAAGACGAUGACGAUGAUGAUGAUGACGACCAAGAGUCCGUCUCGGAGAGCUCUUCCCAGGACGAAGAUGGCAAGAUCGACCUGAUGGACAUGGAAGACGAGUCUGACGAAGAGGCCGGUGCUGCGGGUCCCAGCGUACCUCCAAAGACGAAGCAUGAGCUCGAAGACGAUCGAGCGGUGGUCCCGCAAGUGGAAAUGUUGAAAGAUGGGGAGAGGCUGGUACUAGCUGGAGAGAUCAUGAGCGUCUUGUUAAUUGCCGGGGUCAAGCAUGAGCCGGAGGUGGGCGCGGAGAUGGAGGUCAAGGUCGAGCCCGAGGUAGAGGUAGAGGUGGAUGUCAACGCCGCGGUCGAAGCCAAGACGGAUCAGGCAAAAGCUGAAGAGGAAGUCAAACCGGAGAUCGCCCAGUCUCCACUCGACCCUUCGACGACCGACCAGGACUCGAAGCCCGAACCCGCCGCCACCGCCGCCGAUCACAAACCGAAACCGGUGAAAAAGGACGCCAAAACGAAACAACGGGAAAAGAGGCAACAAAAGCAGCUCGCCAAGAGUUCGGGGACGAUCAUCAUCAAGGCUUUGAGGCCGCCUCUGGGUGAAGCUGGAAUCGGCGGGUUGAGGAUUGGGGACGAUGAAGGGUGGUUGGAAGAAGGCAGUCUGAUAUGUCUGGAGAACCGACGGGUGUUGGCAGUGGUCGCCGAAACGUUUGGACCGCUUUCUCAGCCAUUCUACCUCUUGCGGCUACCGCCGGCGCCAUACCCUCUUCCGACGGCCUCGGAAUUGACGAUCGGCAAGCACGUCUACUAUCCCGCCAGCGGUAACCGGUCGUUUGUCCCCGUACGCAUGCUCAGGACGGACAAGCGGUACAAGGGGACCGACGCUAGCAAUUUGCACGACGAAGAGGUCAGCGAGAGCGAGCGAGAGUGGAGUGACGACGAGGCAGAGAGGGAAGCCAAGAGGCAGCGCAAGGCAGGGAAGGGCAAAGCCCCGGCAGCCAAGACACGACACUGGGACGCCGGAGCCGAGGUCGACAUCGAAGACGACAGCGAAUUCCUCGACUAUGCGCAGGGUCCAGAGACUCGCGACGAGGACGAUGGUCGAUCGAUGGCGGGCAUGUCGACCGUGAGUACGAGGGGAGGUCGAACGGGUCCUGUGCGGUACGACGAUAUCGUUCCGUCUGGGUCGGCGGAUCAGAGUCAAUCAACUGGUGUAAGCGGGCGAGGCGCGAGGGGAGGUGCGAUUCGGGGACGAGGACGAGGCGGACCGGUGUCCGAUGCAAGGCCUAGAGGAGGUGAGCGAGAUCAGCAGCGUGGUAGGGGACGAGGAGAGCCUCGUGGAGGAGCGCGCCGGGGAGGGGAUCGAGGUAGCGCUCGAGGUGGAGCGACCAGAAACCAAGACGGCGGACGGCAGAUCGGACAGGGUAGUGGUCGUGGACGCGGACGAGGGCAAGGAGGGUUCGGCUUACCGGUCUCCUCUCACGGUGGUGCCGGCAACGGUCCCGAACGAUCUCGCGACAUGUCUCCCACGUCGCUGGCGAUCGCUCGAGCAACGAGCCAAGCUCCGAUGUUGCCCCAAGGCACUGGCAUCGCGCAGCCCAUGUCGGCCCCGGCCAUGCAGCAGCAGCAGCAUCAGCAUUACGGUCACGUCAACCCGAUGAUGCAGAUGCAGCAACCGCAACAGUAUCAGCCGCAACAACAGGCGAUGAUGGGCAUGCCCUACGGCUGGCAGGGUCAACCUGGACACGGGAUGGGCAUGCCUCAGAUGCCGUUCUACUUUAACCCUAUGCAGCAAGGUCAGCAGGGUUUCGGAGGGCAAUUCCAGCAAGGCGGCGCGCCUCAGGGGGCUUUCAACCCGGCAUUUGCGGCUCGAAUGAUGGGUAUGGGAAUGGGCAUGCCAUAUCAGCAGUCGCCGCAGAACAACAACAAUAACGGCGGCGAUAACGGGCAAAACGGUGGGCAGCAGCAGUAGACAGUUGG